UUUUACAAGUUGACUCAACUUCGGAAGUUGCAUCCCCUUCAAGAAAAGUUUUCACGGAAGUUCCGUUGCUCAGCUGAAGCUGUACCUUGUAGUAGCAACGCUAUCUUGGUACUUCUCUACAAAGGCUCUCUGGUCCUUUUCAGGAACAAGGCACCUGUGCGUCACGAAUUUACCAGACAAGAAAUACAGUUUAGGUAGAGACUAGGUAUAGAUACGUCAGCCACGGAGUAGCCCUGCUGUACUAUGUAGAUGAAAGCCACAUCUUUGUGAUGUGGUUUCGCCAACUCAACGUUGGAAUCAUUUACUCAACUACGGGUGUGCAUUCCCCAACCAUUGUAGAAGAGACGUAGCUCCCUCCCUCCAACAACCAUUUAAGGAAGUUCGUGAUUUGAAAGAAAGUCUCCCCCUGACAGAGUGGGAGCAGUCACCAUGCACCAGCCGACCAAGCCUCCGAUCAUCCUGAGACAUGGCGGCAGGAGGGCCUCACCACUCUCCUUGCACUCUGGCAAUCAUUCUGACUGACAGCGGGAUCGCUUCACCGCUCACCAUGCACCAGCCCCCCCAGCCUCCGAUCAUCCCGAGACAUGAUGGCGGCGGGUGGGCCUCACCAGUCUCCAUGCAACAGCCGCCCCAGCCUUCGGAAAUCAUUCCGAAUGACAGCGGGAGCGCUUCACCACUCACCACACACCAGCCCCCCCAGCAGCUGAUCACGGCGAAUCAUGAGCAAUCCGAUGCCUCACAUGAUGAAAAUCAUGAUGUUAAUGAUGAUAAAAGUAAUAAUGACUAUUGCCGAGGUUCUCCAGCCAUCCCCCACAUGCGCAAGCCCCCGGCGGCUCAAAGAGUGGGUCUUGGGUCCGAGCGAGUGUCGAUUCCUGCUUGGGUUCGCAGUCUACCAACACGCAUGCUCUUGCCUGUCCCGGGCUCGCAGUUCUCACCCCUGCCAAACCUACAGAAACCAGCAAGCUGGCUGGAAGGACGCUCAGCAGCGGUGCAUUCUGCGGCUACCGCGACUGGCGUUGCUGCUACAUCCAGCCUUGCCGCUACAUCUGGUUAUCGCCCUGGCUUUCACACAUCGAGCAGAGCAGAGCCUGGCAGUAUGGCAGUGGAUGUGGGAGAGCGGCAGCAGCAGCAGCAGCAGCAGCAGCAGCACCACCACCACCACCACCACCACCAGCACCAGUUACUCUGUGCCACCUCAGCUGCAGGCGUUGAGGCUUCUAGAGAUGAACAUGCAGCCCAUCCGUCCACUGCCCUAGCUGCUGCUACAACAUGCACGGAUGGCUGCAUUACUGGAGGGAAAACCCCUCCCAGCGCUGUAGCAGCGAGAUAUGUUUCGUCUUAUCGUGAGCGUAAUUCUGGGACUACCUCGGGUGUGGCGCCUGAUCGCCGUGGUGGGAAUGCACUCCGAUCCUCGCUGGAGUCGCAGCAGAGAAGCAGCCCCAGUUCUGAGGCGCCUCGUUUUGAGGCGCCUAAAAAAGUGAAGGCAUUCCAAGGCACGCUGGAGUCACAGCAGGGAAGCAGCCCCAGUUCUGAGGCGCCUCAGAGCAGCAACCACGGCAGCCCAGGCAGCAUGCUGGGACUGGAGCAUGGGAAGAGCGGUGGUGAAGGGAGUGGGGCAGCAGCCAUCCCAGCCGUUUCAGUUCCCCCUGGUGGGAAUGCAUUCCGAGGCUUGCUGGAGACACAGCAGGGAAGCAGCCCUAGUUCUGAAGCACCUCAGCACAGUAAGCCCAGCAACAAGCUCUUCAGCAACCCCGGCAGCAAUCCCAGCAGCACCCCCAGAAGAAUCCCCAGCAGCAAUCUCAGCAGCAGUCCCAUCAGCAUCCCCAGCAGCAUGCUGGGACUGGAGCAAGGGAAGGGCGGUGGUGGAGGGAGAGAAGGGAAGCUCGUGGGAGAGCAGCCGUCCCAGGAGCAGCCGUCCCAGCUGCAGAGGUACUGGGCACAGCAGCCGUGGUUUCUGCCUUCUCCUGCAAGCUUGGAGUCCCUUGUGUGUUCAACCGAGCAGGAUAGUGGCAGGGAGCAGAUGGACAGGGCGCAGAUGGGCAGGGAGCAGAAGGGCAGGGGGAAUGGGUCAGGGGAGCAGUCAAGUCACACCAUGCAGCAGCCAGGUCACACCAUGCAACAGCCAGGUCACACCAUGCAGCAGCCAGGUCACACCAUGCAGCAGCUAGCUCAUACCAUGCAGCAGCCAGGUCAUACCAUGCAGCAGCCAGGUCACACCAUGCAGCAGCCAGGCCACACCAUGCAGCAGCCAGGUCACACCAUGCAGCAGCCAGGUCACACCAUGCAGCAGCCAGGUCACACCAUGCAGCAGCCAGGUCACACCAUGCAACAGCCAGGUCAUACCAUCCAACAGCAAGAUCAGGCCAUGCAUGUUCCUCUGCUGCAGCUGCCAAGUCACCAGCCAAGCCAGCCACGUCAGCCACCGCAACGGCCAGCUCACACGGCACAGCGUCCACAUCACCCACUGCAGCACCCAUCACAGGCUCAGUCGGACAGCUUUUGGUAUGGGCCCAGCCUCACUUGCGCUGCUGAUUUGCCACGCGCAAGCACUGAAGCGGAACACCGCCCGAGCGUUGUGUUUUUCGAGUCGACCAAACAAACACCGCUGUAUCACCCGUCACAGGCUCCGGCGGACAGCGCUCAAGCUGGGACCAACAUCAUCACUUGCGCUGCUGAUACGCCACACGCAAGCACUGAUGCAGAACGCAGCCUUAGCCAGCCCAGCCUGUCCCUCUCGCCUGCUCCGACUGCUACAAACCGUCAGCAUAUUCCGGACCGAACUGGUCACUUCCGCCAGCACGGAUUGGCACAGCAGCGGCCAGGCUUGGAACAGCAGCGGUGGCAGCGUGUUUUGAGUUCCAGUGACCAUCCAUCGGCAGUACAGGAUGGUGGCUUGCGUGCCAGUGAACACCAGGCGCACCUGUUGAUUACUGAAGCUCCCAGCUACCACCAGCCAGAGCAGCAGAAUGGUGACAUUCCUUCCAGUAACCAUAUGGGUGGUGGUAACCAUACGGCUGGCGGUAACCAUAUGGGUGGCAGUAACCAUAUGGGUGGUGGUAGCCAUAUGGGUGGUGGUAGCCAUAUGGGUGGUGGUAGCCAUAUGGGUGUCAGUAACCACCAGGAGCACCUGGAGAGUACUGAAGCUCCCAGCAACCAGCGCAGCCGCACAGUUAGAGCACGGUACAUGGAUUCCAGCACUAUCAUUCCUGCCCUGCUGCUGGGCAGAAGCCAUAGCUAUCCACGCACCAUGGCUUGCAGCAGCAUUCCCUACAGCAGCAGCAUUGACAGCAGCAGCAUGAGUGCAGGAGAUGGCCCGAAACCCAAUGCCAGAAGCAGCACUGCACCCGGUAUGCAGAUUCACAGGCCUACCAUCCCGGCCAUGCCAGCGCCAAGCCAGGGCGCGUGGGUGAGGGAGGGAAGCAAGACGACAGUUGGGCCAACUCAAAUGUCAAACCAGGGCGCGUGCCAGAGGGGGGGGAACUUUGAGAUUUGUCAGAAAACACUGGCCAUGCCAGCACCAAGCCAGGGCGCCUGGCCGAGGGAGGGAAGCGGAGCGCGAAUGCUGGAGUUACUGCGAGAGUCGGAGAGUUUCAGAGGUCAGAAACCGAUAUCCGUUGAGUCGACUCAAAAUGUGUCGGCGCCAAGCCACGGUGCCUUGCAUUGUGAGGGAAGCAGUGUGCGGCUGCAAGAGCCACUGCAAGAGGGCAGGAGUUUGAUCUGCAAGGCCCAGAAACAAGGCUCGGGUCCUUUGAUCUACACUGGCAUGGAAGGCGUGGCCAGUGCAGGCAGGAGUGGAGGCACGAGUGGAGGCACGAGUGGGGGCAGGAGUGGAGGCACGAGUGGAGGCACGAGUGGAGGCACGAGUGGAGGCACGAGUGGAGGCACGAGUGGAGGCACGAGUGGAGGCACGAGUGGAGGCAGGACCGUGGGCAGGAGUGGAGGCACGAGUGGGGGCACGAGUGGAGGCACGAGUGGAGGCACGAGUGGAGGCAGGACCGUGGGCAGGAGUGGAGGCACGAGUGGGGGCAGGAGUGGAGGCACGAGUGGAGGCACGAGUGGGGGCAGGAGUGGAGGCACGAGUGGAGGCAGGAGUGGAGGCACGAGUGGGGGCAGGAGUGGAGGCACGAUAGGAGGCACGAGUGGAGGCACAAGCAGGGGCAGGAGCAGGAGCCAGGGAAGUACCAGGCAGGAGCAGACUGACUGUCAGUCAUUUGCGGACCAAAGUAUGGAACCAGUGGGAAGGCAGGUGCAAGAUCCAGGCUUGUCACGGGGUGCGAGUGAACACAUAAUCACUAUGAGCCCUGACACUCACAGCUUCCUGCUGCCACGUGGAACAGCCGGCGAAACCACCACGGCUACAGCCGCCCCUGGAUCCACAGCCAUGCCGGCACAAGGUUCUCUCAAACUUCAUCAUGAAGUCAGUGCUGCUUCCCCAGACCCCCCCAGUCACACCUUCCUGCUGCUGUGUGGAACAGCCGGCCAAACCAUCACAGCUACAGCAGCCAUGCUGGCACAAGACAACAGACCUCCCGACUCACUGCUUCCUGCUGCCAAACCUCAUGCCAGUUCUGCUUCCAUAUCCCACCCCAGUCACACCCGCCUGCUGCUGCGUGGUACUGCCAGUGGAACCACCGCUGUUUUUGAGGCGCCUCAAGAGCAACCUCCCAUGGCUGGGUAUGCGCCAGACCGUCCCUGUCACAUCCUCCUGCUGCCACGCGGAACAGCCAGCGGAGCCACCACUGCCACAGCCGCCCCUGGAUACACAGCAGUGCAACCACAUUCUCUGAGGCCUCACGUCACUGCCACUGCUACAGCCGCCCCUGGACGCUCAGCACUGAAACCCUUCUCCCCAACGGCGCCCAUCCCCUCUACCUUCCUUCCCACUACCACGCCCCUCUGGCCGCUCGCCCUGGAGCCCUCAGCCCCUGGCCAGAGGCUGAGGGCUCUUUCCCAUUCACCAAUUGCCCCCAUCUCCUCUACCAAGGUGGCUUUUCAGUCAACUCAAAGGUCCAUGAGUCCCUCGGCCCCGCAUGCAGUGAGUCCCAUCCCCUCUACCUUUCCUCACAGUGCCACAACCCUCCAGGCGCUCGCCCUGCAGCCCUUAACCCCUGGAUCAACUCUCCUAUCUUCUCUGCAGCCCCAAACUCAGCCCCAAUAUCAGCCCCAAUCCCAGCCCCGAUCUCAGCCCCAAUUCUCCCCAUAUCCCAGCCUCCACACCACCUCAUACUUCCAGCCUCGCCCCAGGUCGCCCUCUGUACAAGCCUCUAGCACACCUCUUCCGGUCUUCCCUCCGUUCCAAGCUCUCCCCAGCACAUGCGUCCACCCUACUUCUUCCGAUCCGCUUCCUUCCCGGCUGCACCUGCUCGCACCAUCGCUCGCACCAUCGCUCGCACCAUCGCUAGCACCAUCGCUUGCUCCAUCGCUUGCACCAUCGCUUGCACCAUCGCUUGCACCAUCGCUUGCACCAUCGCUUGCACCAUCGCUUGCACCAUCGCUUGCACCAUCGCUUGCACCAUCGCUUGCUCCAUCGCUUGCACCAUCGCUUGCACCAUCGCUUGCACCAUCGCUUGCACCAUCGCUUGCACCAUCGCUUGCACCAUCGCUUGCUCCAUCGCUUGCACCAUCGCUUGCACCAUCGCUUGCACCAUCGCUUGCACCAUCGCUUGCACCAUCGCUUGCACCAUCGCUUGCACCAUCGCUUGCACCAUCGCUUGCACCAUCGCUCGCACCAUCGCUCGCACCAUCGCUUGCAUCAUCGCUUGCACCAUCGCUUGCACCAUCGCUUGCACCAUCGCUUGCUCCAUCGCUUGCACCAUCGCUUGCACCAUCGCUUGCACCAUCGCUUGCUCCAUCGCUUGCACCAUCGCUUGCACCAUCGCUUGCACCAUCGCUUGCACCAUCGCUUGCACCAUCGCUUGCACCAUCGCUUGCACCAUCGCUUGCACCAUCGCUUGCUCCAUCGCUUGCACCAUCGCUUGCACCAUCGCUUGCACCAUCGCUUGCACCAUCGCUUGCACCAUCGCUUGCACCAUCGCUUGCUCCAUCGCUUGCACCAUCGCUUGCACCAUCGCUUGCACCAUCGCUUGCACCAUCGCUUGCACCAUCGCUUGCACCAUCGCUUGCACCAUCGCUUGCACCAUCGCUUGCACCAUCGCUCGCACCAUCGCUCGCACCAUCGCUUGCAUCAUCGCUUGCACCAUCGCUUGCACCAUCGCUUGCACCAUCGCUUGCUCCAUCGCUUGCACCAUCGCUUGCACCAUCGCUUGCACCAUCGCUUGCUCCAUCGCUUGCACCAUCGCUUGCACCAUCGCUUGCACCAUCGCUUGCACCAUCGCUUGCACCAUCGCUUGCACCAUCGCUUGCACCAUCGCUUGCUCCAUCGCUUGCACCAUCGCUUGCACCAUCGCUUGCACCAUCGCUUGCACCAUCGCUUGUACCAUCGCUUGCACCAUCACUUGCAGCCAUUCCUCCUCCCAGCGUACCUCCUUCUAGAGUAACGUUCCCUGGAGAUAUCCGUGAGUGUAGAAAACUCUGCGAUGUGCCGUCUCGUAUACCCGUUCACCAAGUCUCACUGCAGGAGGAGCAGAGAGGGAUGCUUUUGAAGCAGCGGCAGAGGGGCCAGCAUGAGCAGCAGCAACAGCAGCAGCAGCAGCAGCAGCAGCAGCAACAACAGCAGCAGAUGGGCCAGCAUGAGCAGCUGCAACAGCAGCAGCAGCAGCAGCAGAGGGGGCAGCACGUGCAGGAGCCUCAGGUGCAGCUGCAGCCACAACAGCAGCCAAAGCAGCAGCAGAAGCAGCAGGCGAAGGAGCAGCAGGGGCAGCAGGUGCAAGCUUUGGAAAAGCAAACAAGACACAAGAGCCUAGAGAGCCGUUACAAAGCCCAAAAGGCCCGUGAUUGGGACACCUUCAAACAGUAUUUGCGGCAGCAUCAGCCACCUCUCUCUCUAGCAGAGUGUACACCCAAGCACGUUACAACCUUUCUACAGUACUUCAACAAAUUUGGCAAGACCAAAAUUCACCAGAAGGGAUGUGUGUUAUAUGGCACCAGGUCCUUUACGGGUUCAUGUGCCUGCCCUGUAAGGCAGACAUGGGCCAGUGCUCAUUCGUUAGUAGGAAGGCUGAGGGUGGCUUAUAAUGAGAGAGCCGGCUAUAAGGAGAGAAUUUUCGGAGCUAGGGAUUCAGGAGGAGGGGGGGGAGGCACUGGAGCGGGGACAGAGGCAUCUGGGGAAAAGAAUGACGGGAAUAAAAUCAAGGGGGGUUGGGAGGAUAGUCCCUUUGGGCACGAUGUAGUUAAGGAGUAUUUGAUGGGACUUAAGGAGGAAGAGGAGCAAGCAAGGGGGGUGCAGUUGAGGAAGAAGAGGAAAACGCAAGCCAAUGAAUGAAGAUGCAAGUGGUGGUUUAUAGGGCCUACAUACAAGUUUCCCAAGUUUCAUAUAAUGGUGUGACUAGGAAAGUAAGGCACUGCCGGUAGUUUAUAAGAACCUGGAUCAGGAUCAGACUUGUGUGGUACUAUGCGAUGCAAAGUGUCGGGAUUGCGUUUCAGUGCGGUUCAUCUUGGUACA